AUAAAAUGUAUAAUAUGUUUUGAUCAUUUGAUUUACUUAUUACUUGUGUAAGGUUGUAAGCAGACGCAUGAAACUCUACAAGUGGUCUUCGGGUGGCGCCACAGUCCUCCAUGCUGAGAGCUGCCUCAGCUAAUCAGCUUAUUUGCGUCUUAUGAGCUCUAAAAAGGUCCGCCUCCACCUCUUCCUCUUGGCCACUGUGCAAGAGGACGCCAUGUACCGAAUGUGCCAGGACGAGAGCUCCAUUAGCUCCUCCUUUUGGUUCAGCGAGGAGGAGCAAGGGACCGAUGAUGACAGUCCGAAGGUCCCCACUGGAGAAGAUGCCAGCGACGAAGACACCGGUACUGAUGAAGAUGACAGUUCGGAGGUCCAAACUGGAGAAGAUGCCAGCGAAGAAGAUGCCACCGGUGAAGACACCGGAAGUGACGAAGAUGACCGGAGUAACGAAGCUUGUGAGAGCAACAAAGACGCUCGCAGUGACAUCACCUCCGCGAUGACAUCUGGUUACGGCACCUUCAGACUGGAAGAUCAGCACGUAGGAGAAGACCAGUACAGUUGUGGAGAAGGUUACCAGAUGAGAGAUGAUAAAGAGGAUGCCGGCUCACGGGACAGCUUUUAUGAUGACGCCACACAAGAGUCAGAAGACGACGAAGCGGACGGUUCUGGCUUCAACGUUCCUCAUGAAGACCAGAAGAGACCAGAGAACCAGCAGCCUCAGUGGGAUCUAAACGGUGACACCAAGAGUGAAGAUUACUGGAAGAAACUAGGGAAGAAACCAGAGGAGUACCACCAGUCUUACUGUGGUCUCCACCCUGACACCAGGAGUAAUGAUGACCAGAAGAAACCAGAGGUAGAUCACCAGUCUCUCUGUGAUCUGCACCCUGACACCACGAGUGAAGAUAUUCCUCAUGAAGACGAAAAACCAGAGAAGUCUCCCUAUGGUCUCCAACCUGACACCAAGAGUGAAGAUGACAAGAAGAAACCAGAGAACCAAGCGACUUACUGUGAUGUCCUUGACGCCAGGAUAGAUGUUACUCAUGAUGACGAGAGAAAAACAGAGGAAGGCCACCAGUCUCUCUGUGAUCUCCACCCUGACACCACAAGUAAAGAUAUUCCUCCUGAAGACAAGGAGAAACCAGAGAAGUCUCACUAUGAUCUCCAGCCUGACACCAGGAGUGAAGAUGACAAGAAGAAUCCAGAGAAUCAGCGGACUCACUGUGAUCUCCACCCUGACAUCAGGAGUAAAGAUGUUCUUCAUGAAGACAGGAGGAACCACCAGUUUCAGUAUGAUCUCUACACUGACACCAUAAAAGACUGCAUUUUUCAUGAAGAUGAGAAGAUGAGACAUCUGAAACAAGAGAAGAAGCAGUCUAACUGUGAUCUCUACCGUGACCACAGGAAUGAAGCUAUUCCUCAUGAAGGUGAGGAGAAUCCAGAGAAGUCUCACCAUAAUCUCCACCCUGUCAUCAGGAGUGAAGAAAUGAAACUAGAGAACAAACUCCAUGAGCUCCACUCUGACAUCAGAGGUGAGGAUGUUCCUCGUGAAGACGAGAGCCACCAGUAUAUCCCUGAUCUCCCCCCAGAAAGCAGAAAAGAUAAUAGUGUACCUUAUAAAGAAAAGAUGAAACACAGGAAACCAGAAAGGAACCACCAUGCUCACUUUGAUUUCUACCCUGGCACCACAAGUGAUGAUGAGACACGUGGAAAUCAACAUGUGCGGGAUGAGGCGUUCCUAUUGGACCAGGAUGAAGCGGUGGACGCUCUUCUGCUUGGUGAGGGCGAAGAACGCAUCAGGAAGUGGGACAAAAACUCUCGCCGCCCGGAUGCAGAAGAAGAGUCCUGCAACAAGGAAGCCAAGUUUGUUGACUUAGGCGCAGACUUUUUCAACUUGGAGUUGGACGGAAACGUCAGACGGCAGGAUUGCUCCACUUUCCUGCAGGAUCGUCUGUCUGCGCUACGCUUACACGAGGCGGAAAAUGACAAAGCCAGUGUCCUGAGUGAUGACAUGGAGGGAGUCUCCCUCAGCACCUUUGGAUCCUUCGUCACGCACUCGACACAAACAAGUAGCGAAAGUGACUUCCGCACGAAACCCAAAUCCUUCAUCCGACCGGUCAUGACGCAGCAGACCUUCAAGAAGGAUGACCCGGUGGCCAAGUAUUUCCAGUACAAGCAGCUGUGGGAUGGGGUCAGCAUCCCUGGAGAGCGAGACCACCGGGAACUUCGCUGGGAAAUCAGGGAGCGACUCGCGUACCAGCCACCGGCUCCCAAAGCUCGCAGGAGUUACGUGGCCAACAGCUACGUGAUUCCGACGGAGAAGAAGCGAUCGGCUCUGCGGUGGGAGGUCCGCAAUCGCAUGGCGCACCCCGAGCUACCUCACAAGUUCACGUACCGCUUUUAAGGACCUUUUUCCAUAGCUUUAAUUAAUUUCAGUGGCAACACAAGCAAAGGAAAGAACAGGAAAUUUUGUCCAACAAAGAUGAUACAGGACAUGGAGUCCCACUUCAGAAGUUCACAUAUCGAUAAUGGGACCUUUUAGUCUUUUUUAUUUAAAUUUUUGUGAGAAAAAGCAGGAACAGGAAGUGAGGUGAGAAAUCAAGGCAACAAUGCACUGGAACAGUAACGUAGACAAGAUGCAGGACAUUUAGUUGCACCUCAAAUGUUUAUACAUCAAGUGGAGGGCCCUUUUUUAGGUCAUUUUGCUUGUUUUUUGGGUUGCAGGAAUAAGAAUGGCGGUAACAAGACAGAAAACGAAAUAUAAAGCAGGAACAGGAAGUAAGGUGAUAUCAUGCAGGUUCCACACCAUCCAGGAAAAGAGUCCUAUUUCAAUAAUUUAAUCAUCUAUUGUUGGACUUGUUGACGGCUUUAAUGCUUGUUUUUCUUUUUGCUAUUACAACUCGCAGUCACAAGCACAAAGGUAAGAACAGGAUGUGUCGGUAACAAAAUUUUAGAACAAAGUGAGGUGAUUAAAUGCUGGAACAAGAGUUCACGUCAUGAUUUCAGGGGCUUGUAACAUUCCUUAGCUUUUUGGUGACAAACAGGAACAAGCAUAAAGGCUAGAACAGAAUGUGAGAUGACAAAAAGCUGCAAGAAUACUCAAGAAAAAAAAAUGACAAGCAGGAAUAGAAAGGGAGGUAACAUGCAGGACAUGGAGUCCUACCGCAUGAGCCCCUUUCACAAUGUUCAGUGUUAUUUUUUGUUAUUCAAGUGACAAGCAGGAACAGAAUAUUAGAUGACAAAGUGAGCUGAGAACACGUUCAAGUUCACAUAUCCAUUUUAAGCCCUUUUCGGAUCUUUAAGGUUGUUUUUUUGACAAGCAGGAACAAGUAGGAUGACAGCACACGGGAACAAGAACGCUCUAGACUUCCAUGUUCACAUACUGAUUUGGGGGCCUUUACUUUUCAUCAUCUUUUAAGUGGUGAUAAAGCGUAGUUGACGAAAAAGGAACAUUAAGUUCUUAAGGCCUUCAUGUGUUUGAGCUUGUUUUGUUCACAAAUAAAACAUUUGUUAUUGUCAUUAUGAAAUUUAUUAUUCAAACAUGCAUUUAGGGGAAGUCAGCAUAGGGCAAUUUAAAAGGGUAGAGCGGCGUGUAGCGUUGGUCGUGCCAAAGCAGUUUGUCCUCCAGGAAGCGCAGCGUCUCCAGCGUGAGGACUAUGCCUUCGUGCUUCAGAAGGCUGUGCACGUUCAGACCUGUGCAAACACAGGACCAACACAAACUACUUAGUGUUGACGUUCAAUUGAGGUGACAACAGAUGUAAGAACAUGACAAAUGUUGGGAAGGGGGUUCAGGGGAAGGAGUCAAGAACAUACAAAAGUAAGGUGAUGAGCAGGAACCGGAACCAAGGCAAAAAUGUGGGAACAGCAAGUGGAUUGAUGACUCAUAGGAACAGGGUGCAAGGAAGUGACAGUGUUCGGGAACAGGAACGGCAGAAUCGGGUAGGGACAAGAAGUAAAUUGCUAACCCACAGGAACAUGAAAAGGAGGUGAGGUGAUACCAUACUAACAGGGUAUACGAUGACAUGCAGGAACAAAGAAUCAAGUGAGGUGCCAAGCAGGAACAAGAACUGAGGCCUAAACAUGUAGGAUAGAGAUAAGUCGAUCAUUUUGUCCCCCCCAGGGCCGAUAGCGAUUAUCUGUAGUCAAGGAGGCCGAUAACCGGUAUUUGGAGUGGAUAUUCAUUUGCUGUAAAAGGGAAAUAUUGGUGUCAAAUUUUUGAACAAUACAAAUUGCAACACUACGUUUAUAUGCCUUCGAGCAGAUUUUCAGAUUUGCAACAUGUUAAAAGUUGUUUUUUUCUUAGCCAAUAGAUACCUUUGUUUAAAAAUUCUAAGAAAAGCUGCAGGGAGCUACCAGGCUCAGCAGCAUUAAGGCUUAAACAACUAAAUAGCCCCUAAGGUUUUCUACAGUUUACAAUUGAAAUAACAUUUUAAUCUUUCACUUUUAAGUUCAAACAAAAACAGGGAGUUCUCUGGCUUACCCACAUCUCUCAAAGAUAACUAAAAUUGCAAAUAAAUAAAUUGAGUAGUUUCCUGAAGUUUACCCAGUUUUAAAUUGGCCAUUGGAUUUAAAAAUAAUAAUAAUAAUCGGCACGGCCAAUUCUCCAUCCCUAUAGUAGGAGAAACGAGUGAAUAAAUAAGACAUAGCAAUUACGCGAGGCGACAACAAGCAGAACAAGAAUGCAGGUAAGAUUGUUAGAAGUGAAGUGCCUACAUGCAGGAACAAGAGUUGUAUGCGAGAUAACUCACCGAGGGCUGGAAUUAGGUUGACGGUCUUGAGAGUGGCCGUGGCCUUCAGGAUGUUGUCGGGAAAGUUGUCAUCACUGAAGAAACCCACACAGGAACAUUACAAGGACGUCAGAGGAACAAGAAUAUCAAUAUCGGAAGAAUGACAGAAGACUGUCAAAGGAAUGAGAUCAGAAUGACAACAUCGCAAGAAUGUCAGUUCAAAUCAAAGCGGGACUUACACGUCGACAAUGAGCAGCGACUCCUCCCAGUCUUUGAGUCUGACGGCAUCCAGCAGGUCACGAGAGUCCGGACUCCGGAUGUCGAGCGAGUCUACCACAUGAAGAAAACCCUUGACAGACAGACAGACGGACACCAGAGAACAUUCAUUCAUUCAUUCAUUUUCCAUACCACUUAUCCUCACUAGGGUCGCGGGCGUGCUGGAGACUAUCCCAGCGAACUGGUCGCCAGCCAGUCGCAGGGCACAUAUAAACAAACAACCACUCGCAGUCACAUUCGUACCUACGGGCAAAUUAAGAGCCUUCAAUUAAACGACCAUGCAUGUUUUUGGGAUGUGGGAGGAAACCAGCGUACCUGGAGAAAACCCACACAGGCGCAGGGAGAACAUGCAAACUCCACACAGACGAGGCCGGAUUUGAACUCAGAAAUGUGAGGCAGAUGUGCUAACCAGUCGCUCACUGUGCCGCAUGCAGCUUUAAUUCUGACUAGGGCCUGACCAAUAACAGAUUAAUUGUCCAUGAAUUAAAAAAAAUAUGCAAUGAAUAGAAUUAAGUUCUUUUUUUGGUACCUCAAAACUUACAACAAAAAAGAAAUGAAUUACAGGAAGGACAUAUGACUGUUUUAUAGAUUUUUAAGAAGUACAAAAACAUGCAAAACAAAACCAAAAAAAGCAUUAACUGACAAAUGUAUAUUUAAAUUCGGCCAUAAUUGUAUGCAGUAUAAGCAACAUAAUGAGUGUUAUGAAGUUACUGACAAUACAUUUAUGCCUUAUGCCUUUUCACGUUAAAUCACAUUUCUUCUACUCCAUUAUUUUCUUUGCUAUUAAGUGAUGACUUCAAAAUAAUAAAAAAACAGACACCUUUCUCUGAUGUCAAAACAUCUUUGACAGAGUUGCAUUUUAAAUAUGAUGUAGAGAGAGUUAAAACUGAAACAGGACCAAAUUUUAACACGAAUAAUGCACUGUGUUAUAGAAACCUUAUAAACCUAUACUGUGAUUUCUUGUGUAUAAUGUGCAUUUUUUUCUAUUAAAAAAAAAUCAAUAGGGCACAUUUUACAUGGGUAUAAAGAAAAUAAAACAUUUCUUUCACAUUGUAUAAAUGUAGACCAGUACCAGGG